CCCUCCCCCUCUUGCUCCCCCUGGCGGCCGAGCGAGCCUCCCUCUUCCUUCCCACAAUGCCCGUUUAGGCUGCUCUGCCUCGGCUCCAAGAUGGCGCAGGCGAUAUUCGAGGCGCUGGAAGGUAUGGAUAAUCAGACGGUUCUGGCUGUUCAGUCUUUGCUAGAUGGCCAGGGAGCAGUAACAGAUCCAUCAGGACAAACUGUCAACACAUCCACCACCAUCCAGUCCAUGGAUGAUGAAGAUGUGUUUCUUUGUGGGAAAUGUAAGAAGCAAUUCAACUCACUGCCUGCAUUCAUGAUCCACAAAAGGGAGCAGUGUCAAGGCAGUGCACCCUCGUUGGCUACAGUUUCACUGGCUACUAACAGCGUCUACACACCAUCCAUUACCUCAGUGCAGCAGGCUCAGACCACAAAUCGUCAGAUCUCUACCUAUAUUACCGUCCCACCCUCUCCUUUGAUCCAGACGUUAGUCCAGGGGAAUAUUUUAGUGAGUGAUGAGGUCUUGAUGUCAGCUAUGUCUGCUUUUACAACCCUGGACCAACCAAUGUCCACAGUACAACCCUCUGUGCAGAGCAGCCUGAAUAUGCAUACUGGAGCUGGCUACCUUUCUCAACCACCACCUCCUCCUCCCCCACCACCACCGCCACCUCAGCCUCCUCCUCCUGCACCUCAGUCUCUUGGAGCACCAGGCCAGGCCAAUUCAGGCAGCAAUGGAGUGGUGGAAGUGUACAGUGCAUCAACCCCCAUGGCUGGGAAUAGCACAGUAGAGAUACAGAAUCUGGGGAUGCAACCCUACCCACCUAUGGAGGUGCCCAAUCAAUGUGUGGAAACCCCAGUGUACCCCUCCCCUCCAGUAUACAGUCCAGGGAAGCAAGGUUUUAAGUCUAAAAGCCCCAACACUGUUGCUCCCUUGAACAAUGCCUGUGGAGGAAAUGUGACCAAUUUUGAUCCGGCUUCAGCUGCCAAGAACCGUCGUCUUAAGACAGACAGCAGCCUGCUAGAAGGGAAACCCAAGUCACCAAAACUGAAAUGCACAUACUGCGAUAAGGCGUUCACCAAGAACUUCGACCUGCAGCAGCAUAUCAGGAGUCACACAGGGGAGAAGCCAUUCCAGUGCAUCGUAUGUGGUCGUGCCUUUGCCCAAAAGUCCAACGUCAAGAAGCAUAUGCAGACGCAUAAGGUGUGGCCACCAGGAGUUGGGUGUACCAUCUCUCGGAGCUCUGUCACUGUGCAAGUCAUGGCACUCAACCCCAACCAGCAGGAGGAUGAGGAGAAUGCAGGUUUAAACACGGUUCCUAGAAGCAGCCCCCCACAGCCACAGGUCAUGCCUCCUGCAGAAGAGCAUGAGGCUUGCAAACUGGAAGCUAAGCAAGUGGUCUUGAUAGACAGUUCUUACCAGUGCCAGUUCUGCCCCAAUAAAUUCUGCACAUAUUUCCAGUUGAAAUCGCACAUGACCCAACACAAACAUGAACAGGUUUACAAGUGUGUUGUGAAAAGUUGUGCUCAAACAUUCCAGAAGCUGGAUUCCUUCUUGGAGCACAUCAAGAACCAUCAGGAGGAGUUGAGCUACCGUUGCCACCUUUGCAGCAAGGACUUCCCCUCCCUCUAUGAACUGGGUGUCCAUCAGUAUUCCCACAGCUUGCUCCCUCAACACAGUCCCAAGAAGGACAUUGCCAUUUACAAGUGUGUCAAGUGUGUAAAUAAAUAUUCUACCCCAGAAGCCCUGGAGCAUCACUUACAGACAGCAACACACAACUUUCCCUGUCCUCACUGUCAGAAGGUGUUCCCUUGUGAGAGGUACUUACGACGUCAUCUACCUACACAUGGGGGUGGAGGGAAAUUCAAAUGUCAGAUCUGCAAAAAAUUCUUCCGCCGAGAACACUACCUCAAACUACACGCUCACAUUCACUCGGGUGAAAAGCCUUUUAAAUGCUCUGUGUGUGACUCAGCCUUCAACAGGAAAGAUAAACUCAAACGGCAUAUGCUGAUCCAUGAGCCUUUCAAGAAAUAUAAAUGCCCCUUCUCAAAUCAUACGGGCUGCAAUAAAGAGUUCAACAGACCGGACAAAUUGAAAGCUCAUAUUCUCUCCCAUUCAGGGAUGAAGAUCCACAAGUGCCAAUACUGCAGCAAGGCCUUCAGCCGGCGAGCUCACAUGGUGGAACACCAGCGCUCUCACACUGGAAACUAUAAAUACCGCUGCCCUACAUGCAGCAAAGGCUUUACACGCCAGAAGUACAUGAAAGACCACAAGUGUAGACUGAGUUCAACCAAGGACAAAGAGCUGCCAGUCAGAAAAUCCCAGAAGAAGUGGGGGACUCGUGGGCGGAAAGUGGGGCUUCCUGUUUCAGCUCAGUUGACCUUGACAGAACUGAAAGACAGUACAGAUGGAGGAAACCCUCAGAAAGGUGGUCCAAAUAAAGAACAGUUUCCAGUGUCUGACACAGUCCUGUCCAUUGUAGUUGGCAGAUCAACGGCAGUGUCGGCAACAGACUCUGAUCUUGGCAACCCUACCCAAUGCAGUGACAUUCCAUCCAAUCUUGCUCUGGCCGAGUUGCAGCCUGGCUCAGAGAGUCCAUGCGCCAUGCUAGCAGUCCCUGUUUACAUUCAGGCUGCUGAAUAACUGAAUAGUACUGUGACUUAAUGGGGAAAAUAAUCCCUCUGCUGUUUGAUGGAGAUAUGCUGCUGCAGCAGAUUGGAAAUGAAUGGAAUGUGUAUGUGUACUGUAUGUGUGCGUGUAUGUUUCAGCUGCCAUGAUGCAGUGAUCAGCAUUCAUAAAUAAUUUUGUUGAUAAAAGUGAGAGUAGCUUCCCUUA